AUGAAGUUCCUCUCUGCCAUCGCUCUCGCUCUCUCGACUCUGCCCUUCAUGGCUUCGGCAGCUGCGACUGCGCCUGCAUGCAGCGCAUUUUGCUGUGACGCUGUCGUCCCGAGCGUCCGCCCAGGUGGAAACGUUGGCAUCAACUGCACGCCUGGUGGCCUCGACUGUGGAUUCCAUGGGCAAACGACUGCAUGUUGCGUCCGUUUAACCCCUAUCGGCGCUCGAACUGGUACCGCAGUUGGCUGCAAUUGA